AUGGUGUACUUGGCGCACUCUGCUCAGGCGCAGCUUGGAGCUCUCCCGCUGGGGCUAGUGGGGUGUUCUCUGCUCGCCGUGUCGCUGGGUCUGGUGCAGUGGCGUGUCUGGCUGAUCCCGCAACACCCGAGUGUCUCCUCCGGCAUCGCAUGGAUCGGUAUCUUCCGUGCGUGUUUCUUCUCCCACCAUGACGCUUCCCCCGAGCUCCUUGUUAUGCACUGCUCCUCGUUCCACCUCUGCGAUGCUUUCACGCCUCUGGAAAUCACAGCCGCGCAGAUUCUAAUGUUUGUGUCGUUAGCCAGCGGAAUCCUAGGCUUUGCUGCUCUUCUCUACGCAUUACGGAACGCCUUUUUCGGGAUAAAAAAGCGCACUAGGUUUGCUUUCCGCUCAGGAGGCGUGCUCACUCUGCUGGCGGCCAUCUUGUCGCUGAUUCCGCUUCUGUGGAACGCCGUGGUCGUGUUGCACGGCGGUUCCAUCAACUUCCCGCCAGACUUCAAACUCCCGCCAACGCCCGAGGAGCAGCAGGUGGGUGGGGCCGUGUGGGUAGGUCUCGUGGGUGUGGCUCUGCUGGUUGUCACGGCGAUCAUAAAUUUUUCCUACAAGCUGCCAGAAGACGGAGCACGGUGGGAACGACGAGGCAAAGACAACGCAGCCUUCCAGUUCGACGAUGUUCGGAUUUGA